UGCUCCAUUUGCUGAUGCAGGAAAAUAACAUUGCUUAAUCAUUUUUAACAACUGUUGAGACUAUUUUUAAAAACAAAAUAUAUAUCUGUACUGCAUUUCUUUUGCCGAGGCAUUUUUAAGACGACCAAGCCUCAACCCUGCUAAGUAAUGAGAGCUGUCUUCCUGCUGGCAAACCUACCGGCACUGUUUGAUAAGUUUAGAAAGAUAAACCCAUGUGAACCUCGGUGAUUCUUCCACCUCAUUUUGUUUCACCCAUAAGCAGGGAAGGCUUGCUUCUUGGACAUCAAUUAUGGAAAUUCUGAAGUGCUCUUUGGAGAAGCUUUUCAAGGAGGUCCUUCCCAGUGGAGAUACAUACAGCCACCUGACAGCUGACAAACCUGUGCCUGAGGGACUCUGCUGAGGAGCAGCUCCCACCCCUGCCAUGCUGGAGCUCCUGGGGAAGCACCGUGGCACCGAUGCUCACCUGUAACAGCAGAGGACAAGAGCUUCAGACAAGCAAAGCAAAUACAGAAACAAUCUCCAGACAUGUUCUGCAGAUAUUUUUCCUUCUUCAGUUUGUGUCUUUUCCUUCCAACACAAAGGAGCUCUCUGGGCCAUGGAUCCAGCUUGCAUGGCAGGGACACAACAUCCCUCCCUGUAUUUGAGAACCUCACCAUGGGGUACAACAAAUACCUCCGGCCCUACUUUGGUGGAGAGCCUGUACAAAUAGCAAUGAGUCUGAACAUUGCAAGUAUUUCUAGCAUAUCUGAAAGUGACAUGCUGUGCCGUGCAGGUGCCCAGACACACAUCCCCAGGCUCUGCUCCGUUUCCCAGGAUUACACAGCCACCAUCUGCCUGCAGCAGCGCUGGACAGACCCUCGGCUGGUUUUCCAUGGUAACAAGAGCUUCACGCUGGAUGCUCGCCUGGUGGAGUUGCUUUGGGUCCCCGACACCUACGUUGUGGAGUCAAAAAGGUCCUUCCUGCAUGAUGUCACCACGGGCAACCGCCUCAUCAGGCUGUUCUCUAAUGGCACUGUCUUGUAUGCCUUAAGAAUCACUACUACUGUUGCCUGUAACAUGGACCUGUCAAAAUACCCUAUGGACACACAAACAUGCCAACUGCAGCUAGCAAGCUGGGGCUACGAUGAGAAUGAUGUCACCUUCACCUGGCUGAGAGGAAACAACUCCGUGCGUGGCAUCGAGAAGCUGCGGCUCUCCCAGUACACAGUGGAGUGCUACCACACCCUGGUCUCCACGUCACAGCAGGAGACAGGAAGUUACCCACGACUGAUAUUACAGUUUGAACUGAGGAGAAAUGUCCUUUACUUCAUUUUGGAGACCUAUGUGCCCUCCACUCUGCUUGUCAUGUUGUCUUGGGUUUCUUUUUGGAUCACACAGGACUCAGUGCCUGCAAGAACCUGCAUUGGAGUUACAACAGUGCUUUCUAUGACAACUCUGAUGAUCAGCUCACGGAGCUCACUUUCAAAAACCAACUGUUUCAUUAAGGCCAUUGAUGUUUAUCUUGGCAUCUGCUUCACCUUCAUCUUUGGUGCCCUUGUGGAAUAUGCAGUGGCUCACUACAGCUCAUCACAGAAGUGUGCAGCUAAAGUACACGAAGAGGGGCCUGCAAAUGAACUGACUGAAGAAAUGGAAGAAGUUAACAUCACCAACAUCCUCAACAAUUCCAUCACCAGCUAUAAACAGAAAAUCAGCUUCACAAGCAUUGAGAUUUCCAGCAAUAAUGUUAACUGCAGUGACUUGACCAUGAAAAGUCAUGAGAAAAUCAAGUGUGUCUUGAGAAACAAAAUUCACAGGAUUAUUGGUUAUUUCACAAUUCAGAAUCCUGGCAAUGUGGACCACUAUUCCAAAUUGCUUUUCCCUUUGUUUUUCAUGGUUGUCAAUGUGUUUUAUUGGGCUUAUUAUCUAUAUUUUUAGUAGAAAUUAGUUGCUUCAUUCUCCUAUUUCAGCAGGAGAGGAAUUGUAUCAGUGGGCAUCCAGGUACCUAACCUCAGUGAAUUCAAUGUGGACAAAAAGCUUCCUUGUGUUUCCUGAGGUACCCAUACCAAGUAUGUGAGGUGUGCAUGCAUCAGCAGCAAUGACUCUGACAGCAGCUGUUCAGCUGAGUGGCUGUGCUGGACUGCUCUGCACAUAGCUGCAUUUCAUUCCACACCUCACCUGGCUGGAGAUGCGUGUGCAGGACUGCACUGGCAGCUACAGAGCACUACAGGUGGCAGAAUUAUUUUGGUAGCUUAGAGCAGGUUGGAACCUUUGAGUUGAGAUGUCCCAGAGGGUGUAUAGGAUUGUGACUGUUUUUUUUUGUUUGCCAGAGAGAACAGAGGGACUGUGAUUGCUGCCUCAAUAGCUUCUCUGUUGCAGUGAGAGUCCUGAGGCAGCAGCAGGAGCUCAGUGCAGUGCAGCACAGCUCCCGUGCAUGGUGCUGCUUUGUCCCGGGUGGUGCAGUGCCAGGAUGGUGAUUCGGUACUGCACACUGCUUUUAACAUCUGUCACUCACUGAGGUAACCCUGACUUGCUGAAGUUCUCUGUCCCUGAGACAGAUGGAGGGUUGUUGUUUGUAGAGCUGCAUUUUUUCAGAGAUUUGGGAACAUGAAAUAGAAGGACCAAAAUAAUUUUGUAACACAUCUCUUAUACUCUUCCUGCUAUACUGCAGUUGAACAGAUUCUAGCACUUUCAAUGUCUUCCUUACAAAUUAUUUAUUGUCCUGGAGAGUGUUUCCUUCGGCCUUCACUGCUACAAGCAGCUCUCACUCCUUGCCAGCCAUAGGCACAAGGGGCCUAUUUGUCAUCCCCUCCUUUAUGUGGCUGUGCAGCUGUGACAAUCCAGCAGUGCUGCUGGGUGAAAAACAUGUGUGGGUUGGGGUAGGCUAGUUUAAAUGACCCUUUCACUCUCUAUUUUAGGUUGAAAAACUGUUACUUUUUUCAGAAAAUCAUAUUCUAAGAGGGCUUUGGAAACUUCCCAAAGUCAGCUUUGUUUGUCCUGCAAUCAGCUGGAGUCAGAGUUUUCUUUUAAAGAUAAAUGAGAUGUGGAUGCACAGUUACAUUUAAGAACCAAAUGCCAUUGGUACUGUGUAACUAAAGAGUACUGCAAGUCUUUAUUUGCUGAUUGUAAAAUGAACAUUUUGUGACAGAUUGCUCCACCCCAGCACCCUUUUUUUGGUCUGUGCUGCUUUCAUCACUGAGGGGGGCAAUCCUGCAGAUGUGUGGGCAACUGGAAUUGCCUGCAGCGGCUCCAUUCAGCAGAGUUCUGGCUGGGUGAAGCCUGAGUUUGCAGUUUGUUACAAUGUUUGCUUAGUUUAAGAAUCUCUUCUUGGGGGUUCCUAGAGAAGGUGAGCAGAGCAUGUGAAACUAGAUUUUUUACUUUAAUAACUUUUUAUUGAACCACUUCACCACGAUGUACUGUGAGGGAUCUAACCCACAGAUUCAUAAAUCAUUGCUUUUAUGAAGAGCAGCACAAGGAGACAGAGGGGAACAGGCUGACAAUGGCAAGUGGAUAAAAACAAACUCCAAUAAUGAAGUGUUGGCUUGUAUAUACUGGCAUUUGAAGUCCAUUCCAUAAUAAAGUGAAUGUUUGUGAUAUGAACACAACCCCUCAGAGAGAUUCUCUACUAAAAAAAAAAUCAUUAUCUCUUUUCUGUAUUGGCUUCUUUCUUUAAAACCGAACUAAAACGCACUAACAUGUUUUACAUUAGUUGCCAAAUAUUUAUGUUAACAAAAGGAAUUUCUUUGUACAAAGCCCCCAAGAGGAUUGAUUCCAGCUGUUCUCCCAGCACUGCCAAGGCCACUGCUAGCAAGGCCCUGUCCCCAAGUGCCACAUCCACGUGGCUUUUAAAUCCGUCCAGGGAUGGACACUCCACUACUGCUAUGGGCAACCUGUUCCAAUGCCAACACCUUUCCAGUGAGGAAAUUUUCCAUAAUACCCACCCUGAGCCUCCCCUGGCCCAGCCUGAGGCCGUUCCCUCUCCUCCUGUCCCUGUUCCCUGGCAGCAGAGCCCGAUCCCCCGGCUGUCCCCUCCUGCCAGGGACUUGUGCAGAGCCAGAAGGGCCCCCUGAGCCUCCUUUUCUCCAGGCUGAGCCCCUUUCCAGCUCCCUCAGCUGCUCCUCAUGUGACUUGUGCUAUAGACCCUUUCCCAGAAAGGCCUUUUCCAGCCUGAACAAUUCACUGAUUUCAGCAGGUGGAUGCCCUCAGGGCUUGCUUUCAUUAGCCACAGGUUUUGUUACAACCCUAUCGCUUUGAUGCUUUGAUGUGGCUCAGGCCUGGCACCAGGGGUGAAUCCUAUUUCCCUCAAUGGACAGUAGUAGUUCAUGCAAGAUUCAUGUGCAGCAGAGACAAGGUGAGAGAAUGUUCCUUGUGGCAGGAGCCUCAGGGGAGACAGAGUUACAUUGUCCCACCCCAAACCCCUUGUGAAGGGCGGCCCAGGUGCUCUGAUUGGGUUUGAGUCUCUGGGGGGUUCUCCCUCGGUGUGCUUCUACUGGUCCCUCACCCUGAACUCCACCCUCAGGGGUGGAAACCCUCAAAAGUUCUGUCCCUCAAAAACCCCUGCCGUGCCUCUGUUCGGGGCUCUCUGUUCUCAACCUGAGAUUGUUCCCAUGCUGAAUACAUGGUUUCAUGAACCGGGAGCCCGUCUUGGUUGGUGUUUCAUGCUGGU